AUAACUGUUAAGUCGUUUUGCUGUGUUUUAAAAUCAGUGCGUUAGCCUUGCAAUGGCUACAUUAGCUGUGCAGCUAACCGCUUCCUGCAGUUAGCCAGGUACUCUGCGCUACAAAACCAAAAAGCAUGCAGCAUGCCUGCAGCUUGGUCAAGCCCCUCCCCCACCUCCAUGCUUCUCAUUAGCAAAACGACGCACUGGGAAAAGGGCUGAAAUGGGGCUUUCUCCCAGGAGGCUAUAUCUACGUGCCGAGGGUUCAUUUCGAGAAAGGCUGCGGAUAUAACAUCCGGAAACCUCCACGAGCCCGUUUAAAGCAUCAACAAACCACCAAGCCGAAUACACGGGAUGCGAGUGGUAAGAUGGCGGCCAGAUGAGCUCUCCAGAUUUCAAUGUUUAAAUACACGCGAUGGGUGUGGUAAUAUGGCGGCCAAACGGCUUCAGUCGUCUGUCCAGCGCAGCUAUUUUGUGGGCGGGGUCCAACGACGUAAAAUCAUCCUGAUGUAAAAUCCUGUAUCUUGAUUGGCUCGCUGUGCUUGACAACGGGAUGUACAAAACAUUGUUGAAAAAAAAUGGCGGCGGGCAACGCUCAUAGCUGCUAGAACAAUAAACCCGAUAAUUAGCGAAAAUAUUUCUUCUGUGUUCCGAAACAGCGGCUACACAACCUGGGAACAGGUCAGACUGUAGAAACUCUCGCCUUAAGGGGAAAUUCGGUUGUUUGUGAGACUGUUUUGACUCAGGCCACGCAAACUGAUUAAAGGUCAGAGGCAAAGGUUUUCAAUUUAUGCACAUCUGUUAAAAACUCUCUGUAAUUUUCUUCUGGUCCCAAGAAGUAUUGUUAAUCAGUAAUAAUUAAAGGUGCCAUUCCAACAAAAAACGUUUAAUACUGGCUCUUUUUGAAAUACCAUAGUUCAGUCCGAGUUGCAUGUGAAAAUGUUCUUCUACCCCCAUUCCCUGUAGUAGCCUGUGAAAGAAAACAGGUGGAAGAACGAACGAAUCAGAACAAGCCCUAUGAACCUACGUAAGUUCGAAAAUUAGAAGAAAGUUUGGAUUGAAGCGCGAGGAGAGAUAGCAGAGCCCGUUUCUUCAGUAGCUAGCGAAGAGGACCUAACAGCAAGCUGAACACAUGGCUGAACAGGUUCGUGCCUGUGUUAUUUGUGGCAGUAACACAUCAACAUUGCAUGUCUUGCCCAAGAAAAAAGAGCUGAAGAAGAAAUGGUUGGAAUUUAUCUUUGGAACACCACCAGCGAAGUAUAAUGCAGCGUUAGUCCUGUGUUCUGAUCAUUUCAACCACAGUGACUUUAUAAACUUCGGUGCCUUCAGAAGUGGUUUUUCUUCGAGGUUGUUUUUAACACCUGGAUCUGUACCGUCAAGACGAUCGACCACCAGCUCACAAGCUAGUACAUUACAGACCUUGUUGGGUAACCAUGUUGGUUGCCAAACAGACCCACCCAGCCAGUCAUCUCAGGGUACACAGCUCUCCUUGCAUACACUAAGCCCUCAUGUUCGAAGCAAAGGUACACAAGUUUCAGGUUCUGUAAGUGUGGAGGUUGGCACGACUACCACAGAUGCACCUUGGACCACAAGUUGUCCGCUGGCAUCCCCACCAUUCAAGGCUCCGAGGCCAGCAAAAAGAUCUCAGAUUGAUGUAGAGGAGGAAGACGUGGGAGAUCUUUCCACAGAGGUCCCUAAACCACAGGCUCCCACCGAUGAUCCUGUCGAGUCCAUCACAGUUACAAUAGAAUUGUCUCAGUUUUCGAGUACUGAGGUGAUGGUGAACAUGCAAUGUUUGCUGGAGCUUUUCCAGUUCUGCUGGUUUUGUCAGAGAGAGUGCUGUACUACCAUUGAGGGCAACAAGAAGCUGUCUUCAAUCACACAGGACUGCCAGAGUUGUGGCUACCACAGAGACUGGAGGAGUCAUCCUCCCACAAGUUUAUUGAGUGAUGAAGAAGCAAGCCUUUCAGAAGAAGAAGAGAAAAAGAAAAGAAAGAGGAAGUCUGAUAGUUCAGAUGAGUGGGAGCCAUGUUUAGAUGAAGAGGCCACAGACUCUGAUGUGUCCAUGGAUGAAGACCUGUUCACAGCUUUAAAGGAGGAUGGUGAGGGUGAACUUGUGGUGUGGUGUACACAAUGUGAGACCGAGGCCUCGCUCUCCUGUUCUGUCCUUCAACACAAAAAAGUAUUCUGCUGUUCUCAGUGCAGUGCAGGUGACGACGUUCAAACACAUAAUUUUGAAACCCUGCCUCUUCAGUUUGAUGAUGUUGCUAGUUUUCAGACACAUGUUGAACAGGAGCACAGAGCCAAACCAUUUAAUAUACUGUGUCAGGAUUGUGGCAAGUUUGUUAGAGCAAAUAAAGAGCAUGUCUGUGAACACAAAAUCAAAUUAAUCGUCUGUUCAGACUGCGGGAAAAGGUUCCUCACUGAGGUCGGCUUAAAGACGCACUACAAUCAGCUCCAUUCGGAUUAUGAUCAUCCCUGUAAAUACUGUCUGAAGGUCUUCAAAACCAAGUCUGCAAAACUGGAACAUGAGCAGACUCAUCCUAAAGAAUCUCAACCAUACAGCUGUCCAGAUUGUUCACAGAAGUUUAGCAGGAUUCACAAACGCAAUAAACAUAUUAAGUCCCACCGAGGUCCACAUAAAUGUGUGUGUGAUAUCUGCAAGAAAGGCUUUAGGACUAUUACCAAGUUGAGGAGGCAUAAACUCAUCCACUCUGGUGAAAAGCCUUUCAAAUGCCAAGUGUGUGAGCAUUCCUUUAACCAAUUAGCAAACCUCACCUCCCACAUGCGCGUCCACACUGGAGAGAAACCUUUCUCGUGUGAGCAAUGUGGAGAGUCAUUCAGUCACAACGUCAGUCUGAAGAACCACAAGCAACGACACCAUGACUCUGGUUUGACUCAGGAGGAAGAAAUAAUGAGUGACCGAGAGGAAGGCGAUGUAUAAAUGGUGGCAGUUCUGCAGUAAAGCUUUGGUUAAUAAUUCAUGAGGAAAAAUAAUGUCUGAAGUCCUACAUUGAUAAAUGUUAUUAGAUUAGAUAAAACUUUAUUGAUCCCUUUGGGAGGGUUCCCUCAGGGAAAUAAAAAUUCCAGUAGCAUCAUUACAGGAUAAACAGAGAAUAGAAAAUAGAGAAAACUUCUAGAUAAAUUAAGUAUUUACAUGUACAAAUAUAAAAUUUUUUUUUAAAGAUAUGGAAAAAAGUCUAUUAAAGCCUAGGUCACAACCGGACGUACGAUUUUUUGGCCGUGCGAUUUUUGGCGUUUCCCAAAUCGCUGCUUUUUUUUUCGUGGAGAAAGAUGCGCGUUGGCCAUAAAUUUGUCUUGCAACCUGAAAAAAAAAGGUAAGCGCCUGUAGAGUUUGUUUGACAUGACAAAGAACCUCUGCGGCUCGAAAAUCAGCACGUCACACGCGCGCUCUCGUGCGUUUCACGCGCGCCCUCCGUGCGUUUCUUGUGUUUUUUUGCACGUAGACUGGCCAUAGGAGCACGUAUGGCCGGUUGUGACCGAGGCUUAAGAAGGAUGCAGACAUUUACUCAGUAAACAAGCUUUAAUUUUUAAUUCACAGACCCGUUUUCAACCUUAUAAAGCCUGCCUUGUCAAAACUGCCACAUAGUCUUCUCCUGUUAUUUGUAUCAUACAGACUCUGCUGUCUCUCUUGCCGACACAAUAAAUAGAAAUUACGGAA